GUUAGCCUCCCGCAGACCCCGCGCGUCCGCUCUGCACCGGCCCCGCGGCGGCUGCUGCUGCGAUCGCCGGCCAUGGCCCUCGCCGUGCGCGUCGUCUAUUGUGGCGCUUGAGGCUACAAGCCCAAGUAUCUUCAACUCAAGAAGAAGUUGGAGGAUGAGUUCCCCGGGUGCCUGGACAUCUGUGGCGAGGGACUCCCGGUCACCGGAUUCUUCGAAGUGACCGUAGCCGGGAAGUUGGUCCACUCCAAGAAGCGCGGUGAUGGCUACGUGGACACGGAGAGCAAGUUUCUGAAGCUGGUGGCUGCCAUCAAAGACCGCCCUGGCUCAGGGCUAGGAGCCCUGAGGGCAGAGUCCAGGGACCUUGACCGGCCCCGCCCGGCCGCCGCCUCAUGACAGGAAAGACCGAAAUGUCUGCAGGACGCCUGGUCUCUCCCUGAUGCACCUGCGGCUGCCGCGUGGGGGCGCAGCUCGACGCCCCUGGGCUCUGCCUCUGCGUGGGGGCGCGUGUGUCCCCCCUGGAACCCACCUGCACACGCUGCCCAGCCCCUCCCCGCACGCCUCUGUCCCCGUCUGCCCCCCGAGUUUGGGCGAGUCCGGCCUCCGGCUUCCUUCUAAGGGGAGGCCGAGAGAAGGGGGGUAGGGGAGUGUCGGAUGGCGGCAGUGGCUGCCGCGCCUGGCUUGGGUUAAUAAACGUUGGAUGAACAUAAA